AUGCAAAGACUAUACAAUUUUGAGGAUGGUAGUGUAUAUGAGGGAUAAUGGUCUAAUAAUAAAUAGAAUGGGCAAGGGAAAUAGAUCUAUCCUGAUGGCAGUUCUUAUGAUGGGAAUUGGAGUAAUGGUAUGAAGAAUGGGAAAGGGAUUUACAAUUAUUCUGAUGGUAGCUAGUAUUCUGGAAUGUGGAAGGAUGAUCAAAAGCAUGGUGUAGGGAAAUAUAAAUAUAAAGAUGGGAGUUAUUACGAUGGUGAAUGGCAAAAGAAUGUUUAACAAGGAGAUGGAAAGUUUGUCAAUGUUGAUAAUAGUUAAUAUGAAGGGCAAUGGGUUAAUGGUAAGAAACAUGGACAUGGGAGAUNCAUCCUAACUUAUUUCUCUUCUUUUGAUCUGUAUGGGUAGUCAAUUGAGUAUAAUUCACCUUCAUAUUUGAGUUUUAUAGUAUCCUUGUUAAACUUAUCACAGAUGUUUGUAUGUUUUCCAUUCUUAAUUAUGAGUUUGAGUUUAGUUCGCUUAGCUAUCUAAAUUAGGUGA